AAAAGAAUAUAUAUAUAAAAAAAAAAGCUGAUGCUACAAUCGCAUCCCUCUUUUCCAAGGAGCUGUCAAUCUAUUGCAAUCAUGUUUGUAGAGCCCUUUGCCCAUUUAAUUUUAGAGAAUUUAUGAAGAAUAAAAUUUGAAAUGCUAAAACUCCACAUGUUAUCAGCAUCUUCUAUCACAAUUGCUCAUUAAUACAUGCCCUUAUUCUCAAUCCCAUUUUUUAAUUCUCUCUCUUUUCCUUCUAAGGAUUUAUUUGGUCAACUACAUUAAUCGAAUAUUGUAUUCAAUUUUCUAUUUUUUCAAUUAUUUUGUGUUUCAAAUGAAGCAAAAGAAAUACAAAAUUUAAAAGAAAAAAUUGACAGAUUGAGCCAACUUGAGAUUCUUAUAUAUUAUAAUAUUGCCACUUGCCGUUGUUUAUCAUUAACAUUGGCCGCAUCUGUCACAAUAGCCCUUGUUUGCAUUUUAUGCAUUUAAAGCAUGCUAUAGCAAAUAUAAAAGAAAAUUACAUUUAUGAUUAAUCUUAUUGUGUAUGGCAACAACAAGUCAACAACUAACAAUGUAAUCAACAAGAUUUAUUUUAAUCUUCAUAAUCAAAAUUAAAUGCAAAGAACAAAUACCAAAACAAUAUUAACUAUAGAAAAGUGGGAACAGUUCCCUCUUCUGUUAACUACAAUUAUGAGCUGUGUAUUUUAACAUGUGCCAGCAGGAAGUCGGGAUUAAUGGAUAACCCCCCCUUGAAUCUUGAUCUAAGUCAGUCCACCCCUAUGGAAAGAGACAGUCAUGGAUCCGCAUUUCUCCGCGUUAGUAAGACAAAAGUGUAAGAAGGACGAGUACAGAAGCAACUCGAGAAAAAAGUGAGCACUAGUGGAUUCUUGAGUGGAAAGCUUGCAGGCACAAUUAAGUGAUCCGGAGGAAUAGAGCCGCAGAGGAGGAAAGAAGGCAAAGUUGGACUUCCAAACUCUCAACUUCUCCACAUGAAUUCACAAUUCACUUCUCAAAGACUUUGAGGAUUAUAUAGUACAGCUGCAAUUUUAUCUCUCCCAUAUCCUCCUGCCUAGCUAGCUACUUGCUCCUAGCUCCUCUUAUAUGUUAAUUCCUCGAUCUCCUAUAUGAAGCCAAGCUAGUUUUCCAAAGUAGCUUGUUUCAACUCUCUCUCUCUCUCUCUCUCGCUGUCCUUACUAGUUCUAAAAGCUCAAUAAUAGAGCUUAUAAUUAACCCACAAAGUUAAUAUAUAUGGAGACCGGGAAGCAGAAAAGUAGUGUGGAGGAGGAGUUGAGGAGAGGGCCAUGGACUGUGGAAGAAGACCUCAUCCUCACCAACUACAUCUCUAAACAUGGUGAAGGCCGCUGGAAUUCCCUCGCCAAAUGCGCAGGUAAUGUAUAUUUAGAAAAUUUAUGCAUUAUUUAUUUAAGCACUGCAGCGUCUACGUUGCUCAGUUUCAGCUGCAUGCAUCUGUAUAUAUAUAUAAAUAAACGUUCAGGACUAAAGAGGACAGGGAAGAGCUGCCGACUCCGCUGGCUGAACUAUCUCCGGCCAGAUGUACGCCGCGGUAACAUAACUGCAGAGGAGCAGUUCCUCAUACUUGAACUCCAUUCACGUUGGGGAAACCGUUGGUCAAAGAUCGCGCAACAUCUUCCUGGCCGCACAGAUAACGAAAUAAAGAAUUAUUGGAGGACAAGGGUGCAAAAACAUGCAAACCAGCAAUGGAUGCCCCGCCUCCUUGAAAGAAUCAGGACUGCCGUUGACUCCUCGCGUGCAAUCUCAAAUGCCCACACUACGUUAACCUCUUCGAACGACAAUAGCAAGUUCUCAUUGCCGCCUGUUCCUGGCUGCUGCAACGACGUUGUGGAGGAAGAGGGGUGGCCCGAGUUUCCAACACCGAGCGAUGAGGGUAGCAUGCUGGCCGGAUUAUGGGAGCUGAGUGCCAUGGGAUCUAAUAUGUAUGUCGAAUAAAUAUAAUAUUAAUUGAUUGUGAUAGAGAACAUAUCAAUAUGUAAUUUAUAUUUUUUUUUAAACUACUUUUGGUCAUCCUUUGUAAGAGGAUUGUUUGACUAGCAAAGGCUUGGGCACUUGAAAA